GUAUGUAUGUGAAUAAAAAUAAAACUACUAUUUUAGAAGAAAAUUAAAUUUUGUGAUUAAAACGGUGUUAAUAAUAAUAAUAAUAAAAAUAUUUUAUUUUAUAUAUUAUAUGAAAGAAAAGUCUUUUAAAGACAAAAAUCCUAGCAUAAAUAUUACAGUAAAAUUGUAUUAAAAAAUCAUCAUACAACAAUUUAGAUCAAGGCCAUACAUACAUCCAUCGUACACCUAUAAAACACUUUAUUUAGCUUCGUAUGCCUGGGCCACAAAUUUGUAACGUUAUUUAUUGCGGCUUAAUUUUGACCGUCAAUAGUGCCGUAUUUUCAUUUAAACGGUUAUCGAUUAUUUUAUGAUGGAACUGUUGUCUAACAACUCCUCGUUAUCAGCACAAAUGGCAUCGGCAGCUGGCAAUAAUGCAGCAUCGAAUGGCAAUCCCAAUAACGGCGCUACCACCGCCGAGCGACUAUUAGCUGGUAUUUUGGACUCGUUUCCUGCUUGGGACAUUGGCAGCGGCAUGAUGAACAACGAUGUUCGAAAUGAUUCACCACCUCGUAAUGAUUUCUUUUUCAACAACUUCCUUUCGUCAUUGGAAACACCACAAGAGUUUAGCAUUGGUGUAGCACCCAUAGGCAGUGGCAUGCGUGCCCCUAAAAUGUCUCCGGAAUCAUCGAAUAACUCAAGUAUUAGUUGCAGUUGGUGUGAAGUUAAUGCUUCGAUUCGCUGCUUGGAAUGCAAUGAGUUCAUGUGCAAUGAUUGCUUAAGAGAACAUCGCAAAUCACCAUUAUCCUCUAAUCACUCCAUUAUUUCUUUGCCGACUCCGAUUGGCACCUCACCCACCGGCGGUAUGUCGACUAGCGUACCCAACAUUCCUUGUCCCAACUAUCUUUGCGAUCAACACAAUGAGAUGCUUCGUUAUGUUUGUGAAUACUGCAAGAAGUUGGUAUGUCAAUGUUGUACCCUACACGAGCAUAAGGAGCACUGCUACUCCUCGAUCCAAAACUUUGUGGAUGAAUCCAGGGAAAAGAUUGAAACAGCCUUGGAAAGUAGUCGCAUGGGUACGAAAUGCAUUAAGAGUAGCAUUGAUAAGGCCUUGGCUUUCAUACGUCACAUCGAAAGAAAUUGCGCCGAAUUAAGCGACAAUAUCCGCAAAGGCUUUCGUCAAUUUCUCAUCGCUAUUGAAGAUCGUGAACGUUUCCUUUUGGACUUUGUAGAGAAAUUAAGACAGCGUCGUUUGGCCAUGUUACACGAUCAAAUGGCUGGACUUAAAUCCGCUUUAGCAGGUUUAGCCGAAACAUCGGACAUGUUGCACAAAGUAGCAGAAAACGGUGGCCGCAUGGAUCACGUUGAUAUUGCUAUGAAAGUAACAAAUGGUCAAAGACAACUUGAACAGUUUGCAGCUAUUUACAAAGACUUACAGCCCAAACAAGAAGUAUUUGCUUUUGCUGCUCCCGAUUACUCUUUAUUGCAAGAUAUACGUAACCAAGGUGGCAUAGUUUUAGUGGAUGAGAAAAAUAUGCCCCUUAUGAAUAUCAGCGGAGGUACAAUUGUGGGUGGUAGUGCCGCAGUGGAGUCGGUAGGCACUGUAUUAUCAAUGGCUGGAAAUGGUUUAUCAAAUGGCGUAGUUCCCGCUAACAUGAGACGUCCACUACUGAGAGACAAUUCUUUCCGUAAUCCUUCGCCGGUGAUGCAAGUAAGAGGCGGUAGUGCUUGUAGUAUGCCUAAUCCUGGUUUGGAUUGGGAACUUAGUGUAAUGCGCAGUUCACCUGGUCUACACUUUGGUGCUCCUCGUUCAACACCCGCUAUACCUGGUACUACAGAACCCGUCAAGGCCCGAAACUCGAACGCUUUAUCUCUCUCGUUUGCCACAGAAGGUCACGAAGAUGGGCAAGUUAGCCGCCCAUGGGGCUUGUGUGUGGAUAAACUCGGUCACAUUUUAGUCUCCGAUAGACGCAACAAUCGUGUACAAGUUUUCAAUCCUGAUGGAUCUCUUAAAUUCAAGUUCGGCCGCAAGGGUGUCGGUAAUGGAGAAUUCGAUCUUCCCGCCGGUAUUUGUGUAGAUAUUGAUAAUCGUAUUAUAGUCGUGGACAAGGAUAACCAUCGUGUGCAGAUCUUUACAUCUUCCGGUGUAUUCCUACUGAAAUUUGGCAGUUACGGAAAGGAAUAUGGUCAAUUCCAAUAUCCUUGGGAUGUGGCCGUAAACUCAAGACGUCAAAUUGUCGUUACCGAUUCGCGCAAUCAUCGUAUACAACAAUUCGACUCGGAAGGUAGAUUUAUACGUCAAAUUGUAUUUGAUAAUCAUGGUUCCAAUAAGGGCAUAGCCUCGCCGCGUGGUGUGUGCUACACACCCACCGGUAAUAUUAUAGUAUCCGAUUUUGACAAUCAUUGUUUGUACCUGAUAGAUCCUGAUAUAAAUGAGAUUUUAUCAGCCAAGGGUCAUGAAGGUUCUGGUUUCCAGGAAUUUAAUCGCCCUUCAGGUAUAUGCUGCGACGAUGAUGGUCGCAUUAUAGUUGCUGAUUCCAAGAAUCAACGUAUUGUAGUAUAUAGUCCUACCCUGGAUUAUUUAUGGGAUAUUGAAAUAAGACCUUCUUUGAAUCCCUUAAUGCCUCCCACUUUGGAUGAAAAAGAUCGUACUUGUGAUGUGGCCUUAAUGCCAGACGGUCGUAUUGUAUUCCUUAUUGAAUUAUCACCCGACUCUAAAGAGGGAUCUAAUCCCUACAAACGUUUUGUACAUGUCUUCUAACGUUCAACAUAUCCGUCAUUGGGAUGGAUAAAUAAUACUACAAGCACCACUGCUGCUGUGGACACCAACUCAACGGCGGCAGUAGUGGCGGCAACAACAUCAUCAUCUGCGGCAUACAUUUUUCAUGGGUAACAAUCUAAACAAUAUAGAAAAUUAGAAAAUUCAUCGAUCCUCAAGAACAGAUGAUUGAUUCAAAAAGAAAAACAAAAAAAGAAACUUUUUAUUAGCAUUUAAGUUACAACGAUUACCUCGUUCAUAUAUUAUUUAGGGAUCAGUUAUAGUAUGAAUCAUACAUUCAGAUAUAGUUAAACAAAAAAAGAAACACUCCAUUACUAGAUACUUUAACUUCAAACCAUUAAGAACAAAAACCUAAAACAUAAAACAUGACCAUCUCAUUUUUAACCUCACAUCACAUAUUGCACUCAUUAUAUUAUUACGUUACGUUGUGCGAAACGUAACUCAAUGACAACCGAUAACGACGUUUUUGAUAACGUAAUUUCUUAUAUAAAUUAUACUCGUGUUUGGUUUAUUCAUUUCAUUCAUAAAUUCAUUUUUACAUCUAUAUAUGUAUGUGUAAUGUAAUAUUUUUUUAGUUUAUUAAUCCAAGAUUAAUUUCAUUUAUAAAUAGACUGAUAAUGAUAAAAACAAAGUUAAAAACUCAAUUUCAAACAGACUUUAAAAAAAAAAUAUUAUUAAAACUUCAACCGAUAAAAUACACCGUUAUAAAACAAACAAAGAAACAAACAACUUACUUACUAUAAAUAGCUUAAAAGCUAAAAAAACAAAAACAAAAACACACUUAAAAACAAUAACUUUACACAGUAGAUGAACAUUUUAUUUACCCAAAAAUAAAAAACUAAAAAAACUCUUUGCGUGCGCGACAAGAGAUACAAAGUGAAUAAAAAUUGCUGUGAAAGUUAAAUAAUAGAGAUUAAUAACUAAUUAUAACUAAAUAUUUUCUUUUUAUAUGUUUUUAUUCUCAUUCUUUUGUUUUUAACUCUAUUACAUACUUAUUAUUCUUGUUGUGUUUGUGUUUUACAUCAUGUUUUUUCUUAUUAUUUUUUAAAUUGAGAGACUGAACUCAAGGAAAUUAUUUUCAUAUGAUUUCAUUUUAUAUUUUAUUUAAUUUACGAAACUUAUUAAUUAUAUAUUUUUUUUAAGUAAGACUGAUUACCAAAGUGACUACAUAACACCGAGUAAAAACAAAAUGACACACACAAAAAAAAAAUAAUUAAAUUAUAACAAAA